GGAUCGAGAAAAUACCAUUCACUCCAAAAAUGUGGUGCAGAUCCAAAUAUUCCUGAACUCUUAUAUAAUAAAAGACAUUAGCCACAUUAUUCACUACUUCAAUUCCCAAAGAAAUUAAACAAUCAAUCUAUCUCUCCAUAACCAAAAAAAAUAUGAAGUCUCUAUUAAUCUUCAUUUUUCUUCUAUUUUUCCUUUCAUCAAUCACCUCAAUCCACACCCUCCAAAUCCCCUCAAAAUCAUUAUCACCACUUGAUCAAACAAGUCUAAAAAACCUUAAUAAUGAAACAAUCUACAAAAUCUCAAAACAAUUAUGUUGGAAUUGCUUAGGAGAAGCAAUUCAAUUCUUAUUUCAUCACAAUUUAGUGAGAGCAACAAAAAUGGAAUUACCCUUAACAUGGGAUUCAAAUCUUGAAAAUUAUGCAAAAUGGUGGGCAAGUUCAAGAAGAGAAGAUUGUAGACUUAUGCAUUCAUUUGAAGAAGGUUAUUUUAAAUUAGGUGAAAAUAUUUAUUGGGGUAGUGGAAAUACUUGGACUCCAACAGAUGCUGUUAAUGCUUGGGCUGAUGAGAAAAAAUAUUAUGAUUAUGCAUCAAAUUCUUGUGUUGAAGGGCAAUUAUGUGGGCAUUAUACACAAAUUGUGUGGAAGAGUACUAGGAAAGUUGGAUGUGCUAGAGUUAUUUGUGAUAGUGGUGAUGUUUUCAUGACUUGUAAUUAUUUUCCUCCUGGAAAUUAUAUUGGUGAAAAGCCUUAUUGAUGUUGGAAUAAUGAUGUUUUGUGGUUAUAUAUAUUAUUAUU